AUUCUAAAAAUUGUCAACGUCAAGUGCGACGACAGUUGUUCUCAGGCCAGGAGUAAUUCAACUCUCACAAUCAAAGAGAGAGAUAAGAACGCGAUAGUCCGCACUAGAAACACGUGAAAAUCAUCAUUGAUGGACAACGAAAACAUGCUUUCUGGAAUCUUAUGCAUUUCACUUCUUUUUCACCGCUUGGAGGGAACUUCCCGCCCGGAAAUCAAAGUAGGUAAAUUAGAACCCGAUACAAUCAAACAGUUGGUGACAGAUCACAAAAUUGUCCCGGAUGUGAUCGAUGUUUCACCCAAACAUGCAAUUAAGUGUUGGCAGGUUCACUGGUUGCAUGGAAUCACAGCCAAAUUCGGAAAUACGUUGGUUCCUGAGGAUCUUCGCAAAUCACCAUUCCUCAUCAAAUGGCCAAUCGAGAAGGGUGCUGUAUAUUUGUUGAUGAUGGUUGAUCCUGACGUACCAUCCAGGAAAAACCACACGUUGCGAGAAUGGAAUCACUGGAUGUUCGUGAACAUGCCGGCGUAUCCGUUGAUGCUGUUCGGGGAUACACUUGUAAAAUAUGUAGGACCGGAUCCUCUGGAGGGCACAGGAUUCCACAGAUAUAUUUUUCUCAUAUUCAAACAGCCGGGAAAUUUAACAUUCAACGAACCAGUUUUGAAGCAUGAACGAAACAAUACUUCAAGGGGACACUUUUCAACGAGAAAAUUUGCGAACAAAUACAAGUUAGGAGAUCCAAUCGCAAUAAACUUUUUUAUCGCAGAAUGGAGACAAAACUCAUCAACGGGUAGUGAUGAUUACAGUUACGAUGCAUAUCGAGUGAACGGAGAAUUACCUCACCAGUUUAAAAAUUUAACCUAUUUUGACAAAGAUAAAAAUGAUGAUGAUGAUGAUGAUGAUGAUAAUGAUUAUCAUCAUCAUGAUGGCCACGAAUGACGGUGAGGAUGAGGAUCUCGAUUAUUCAAGCUGAGGAAGACGGAUGAUCCAACCGCAUUUCUCGAAAAUUCUAUGUGGAUCUAUUUUGAAUUUACGU